UGUCGCUUCUCUUCUGAAAAGAGUUUCUAAACGCAACGACAGUCACAGUGAUGAUGAUGAAGUCGAAGUGACCUUCACAGAGAGGACUGGAUUUAAACAUUGGUCGAUCCGUGGCGAUCAUCUCCAUCCCUGUUCCAAGAUCCCGGUGUUGUUCAUUCUCACUAUGUGUCGACCUCCAGCCACACGUAGGGAUCUCUCCAACCACAAAAUAUCCUCCACGUAGCCUACAACGACCCUCUUAAGGAUCAGAAGGAUGAAAAACCUGUGAAUCACAGCGUCUUGUGGCCAAUCCCUCUCCUUUCUUCACACAUUCAAUACCAAUCUUAUAAACAUCAAGAAAGCUAUCCAUAUAAUUUAGCUGCUUUGACUCCGUUAAGUUAGCAGAGGGAAACCAUGAACGGUGAGUCGUGUUCCAUGAACGGGAUCCCCCUUGGGAUUGAGGCUAGUGAAGAUAUGAAGAGCGCACCCGGUGAGCCCGUUAUAUUGAACAUCUAUGAUAUGUUCUGGACCAACGAUUACACGGGUAACAUGGGUAUGGGCGUGUACCAUUCCGGUGUCGAGGUAUAUGGUCGCGAAUAUGCUUAUGGUGGUCAUCCCUUUCCUUUCUCGGGCGUGUUUGACAUCCUGCCUCGACGUGCCGAGGAAUUGGGCGAACAGUUCAAGUAUAAGCAAUGUAUUCAUUUGGGCAAUACGGAUUUCCGCUCGCAAGACGUGGAAAAAAUCAUGGAGGAGUUAGGCAAAGACUUUCGGGGAGACCGAUAUCACCUCAUGCAUCGAAAUUGCAAUCAUUUCUCGGGUGCUCUCAGUCAGAUUCUAACAGGCCGAGAUAUCCCCUCGUGGGUCAACCGACUCGCCUAUUUCUCGACCUGUGUCCCGUUUCUCCAAAGAUGCUUGCCCAAAGAAUGGCUCACGCCCAAUGCCCUGGAACACACCAUAGAGGCGCGACAGCACAGUGUGACCACGCCCACCACAUCAGUGACGGAUGUGACGACCGCUUCGGAAGACGUAUUAUCGCCCACCGUGGCUCGGCUAAAAAGUGAAUUCGCACGCGGUUUUGGAUUCGGAAACGGAUCCAUUGGAGGUGGAACGAGUAGUGGGGGUGGGAGUCCGGCACACUCGCGGAAUAAGAAGCAACAGGAUUGAGAUUGGAGUAUUGUUCAUCUUCCAAACGGGGAUCGCCACGAGUUGCGCCCGCAAUGUUGAGAAACCUAUUUUAUAUUUAUACAACUCUUAUUGAUCCAGACUGCAUCCCGAUCGAUUUAUGCUUUUCAUCCUUGCUGUUGUGAUUCAUAUCCCAAUUUCCAACGUCAGAGCUUCUAGUUCAAGUAGGUAAAUCGAUUUUUGUCUCUUUCUCCCAUUUAUCCUCCCUCUCUUUCUCUCUCGAACUCUAUCUGAAACUGUUAGUAUUGUCAAAUCCUACCUAGUUGCAUGACCUCGAACACUUUCGUUAAGUUUGCGUGCGUCUCAGAAGAUUCAACCUUCAGCAACUCCGGAAUUGAAGCCAAACGAGAUGUGUGACAUUCACCAUCGUAUCGCACGAACACCCAAGAAUGCAAACGAGAUUUUAUUGAGCGUCCAUGGACAAUUUUCCACAUUUCUAUCGAAACGCGUGAUUAAUGAGCGAAUAAUAAUACAUGGGCUUAUUGAUUAUUAUGCACUUUGAA